AUGCCGAUCGGGGAUCUCCUUGCCGAAAUAACUGGCCAGAAGCCAGCAUCUGCGUCAACUUCUACAUUGCCUCCGCCUGCAAACAGGACCACAAACUCGACUGGGUUGAAGCGCAAGGCCGAUGGCGAGUCGAAUAGCAACGGAGUCCCGAACAAGGCAGUUAAGCAGUCGCAUCCAGUAUCGAGGGAUACUCUCACAAGCAGGCCUUCCCCACUGCCUAAUCGACCUGCUGUGGCGGCGAAGCCCGCCAUUUCCGCAACAAAUGGCCAGCGCCCUGCCGUUGGUUCACCAACUGUCCCCGCUCAGAAUAAGCCCUACACCGGAACUGCUGCCCCUGGCCGCGUAGUCCGAAAGCCCGAAACGCUGCGUGCUUUGCCAACCAAGAAAGACGGCAAUGAUUCUGCUAUCCGCUCCGGAAUCAAGUCUGUCACUCUGGGUCCUGCCAAGGUUGCCCCCGCCAAACCCUCACCGACCACGCCAACAGCUGCCGUUUCAGCUAAGCCAUUCAAGAAGGGCUCCAUGCAAGAGAUUAUGGCACGUGGUGCAAGAGCCCAGCAGAUAGCACCUAAAGCUGGGGUUAUUCAACACAAGGCUAUUGGUCAGACCGUCAUGGGCAGAAAGGAGCGCGAGGAACAGAAGUCUAAAGGAAGACCAGGGAAGUCUAUGGGCUCGUCAAACGCUACAGUAACUCGUGAUAAACCGGCUCUGGGUGCUCGGAAUGGUCUCAGCAAAGAUUUGCGGCCCGCGUAUAAGGGUACAGGACGACCUAGUUCCGCUGGCAACGACGCGCCAGAUAAGAAGAUAAAGAAGGCUGCAAUGGCCUCAACUGGUUACACUGGUACGGCACGGCCUCCGUCGAAGAAGGCUUCAGAUUCGAAGAACAUAAUGUCAGGAUCUUCUCGCGCUAGGCCUGCUGGUGGGCUGCUUGCCGCGCCGCGAACAGGACGUCGUGAUCGAUACGAGGACGAAGACUCCGAACUGGGCGACUUCAUCGAUGACGACGAGGACGAAGACGACGUGGCCCCUCGUGGAUACAGAUAUGCGGAAGAAUACGACUCCGACAGUGACAUGGAGGCCGGAGCGGAUGAUAUCUACUUGGAAGAGCAGAGAGCAUUGAGGCAAGCACGCGAGGACGAUGCCAGAGAAGAAGCAUUGUUAGACAAAUUGAAGAGAGAGAAAGAAGCCAAGAAGAGGCAACGCUGCUGA